AUGCUCCUGGCCUCGGCCGUGGUGGUCUGGGAAUGGCUGAACGAGCACGGCCGCUGGCGGCCCUACAGCCCCGCCGUGAGCCACCACAUCGAGGCGGUGGUCCGCGCCGGCCCCCGCGCCGGGGGCAGCGUGGUGCUGGGCCAGGUGGACAGCCGGCUCGCGCCCUACAUCAUCGACCUGCAGUCAAUGAACCAGUUCCGCCAGGACACGGGGACCCUCCGCCCAGUUCGCCGCAACUACUACGACCCGUCUUCAGCCCCCGGGAAGGGCGUGGUAUGGGAGUGGGAGAACGACAAUGGUUCCUGGACGCCCUACGACAUGGAAGUGGGCAUCACCAUCCAGCACGCCUACGAGAGGCAGCACCCCUGGAUCGACCUCACUCCCAUCGGCUUCAGCUACGUCAUUGACUUCGGCACCAUGGGCCAGAUCAACCGGCAGACCCACCGCCAGCGCCGCGUCCGCCGGCGUCUGGAUCUCAUCUACCCCAUGGUCACAGGCACCUUGCCCAAGGCCCAGUCCUGGCCGGCCAGCCCGGGAUCAGCCGGGUCCGCAGGAUCAGUGGCCUCACCCCCAGGCCCGCCCUGCUCUUGCCCGCAGUGCGUCCUGGUGAUGAGCGUCAAGGCAGCCGGGCCCCCGCAGCCUUCAGCAGCCCGCAAGAGCAUGCCCCAAUCCGGAGCGGUCAGGCUACCCCAACCACCACCAGGACCCGGGCCCAAGCUCCUGGACAGCACGGGCACCAUCCGAGGCCCCGUGAAGACCGCUCCAUCCCAGGCAAUCCAGCGACAGGCCGCCAGCACUCCGGCAGGGGCGGCCGGGGGCUCUCCUGCCAGCCCCCCGGGAGCCAACGGCAAGACUGGAAGGGUGGCCCUGGCGACCUUGAAUCGGACCAACCUGCAGCGGCUGGCCAUGGCGCAGUCCCGGGUGCUGAUCGCCUCUGGGGUCCCCACCGUCCCAGUGAAGAACCUAAAUGGGUCCAGUCCUGUCAAUCCUGCCUUGGCAGGCAUCACUGGGAUCCUCAUGAGUGCAGCGGGGCUGCCUGUGUGUCUCACCAGGCCACCAAAGUUGGUCCUCCACCCACCCCCCGUCAGCAAGAGCGAAAUAAAAUCCAUCCCAGGGGUUUCCAAUACAAGCCGCAAGACCACCAAAAAACAAGCCAAGAAAGGUAAAACCCCAGAAGAAGUGCUGAAGAAGUAUCUGCAGAAGGUCCGGCACCCACCAGAUGAGGACUGCACCAUCUGUAUGGAGCGCCUCACAGCUCCCUCAGGCUACAAGGGCCCGCAGCCAACGGUCAAGCCUGACCUGGUGGGAAAGCUGUCCAGAUGCGGCCACAUCUACCACAUCUACUGCCUGGUUGCCAUGUACAACAAUGGCAAUAAGGAUGGCAGUUUGCAGUGUCCAACCUGUAAGACUAUUUAUGGGGUGAAAACAGGCACCCAGCCUCCAGGGAAGAUGGAAUACCACCUCAUCCCCCACUCGUUGCCUGGCCACCCAGACUGUAAAACCAUCCGGAUCAUCUACAGCAUCCCCCCUGGCAUUCAGGGACCAGAACAUCCAAAUCCUGGGAAGAGCUACAGUGCCCGUGGUUUUCCGAGACACUGUUACCUUCCAGACAGCGAGAAAGGGAGAAAAGUUCUGAAGUUGCUGCUGGUGGCCUGGGAUCGCCGCCUCAUUUUUGCCAUUGGUACCUCCAGCACAACGGGCGAGUCAGACACCGUCAUCUGGAAUGAGGUCCAUCACAAGACAGAGUUUGGCUCUAAUCUCACUGGCCAUGGCUACCCAGAUGCCAAUUACCUGGAUAAUGUGCUGGCUGAACUGGCUGCCCAGGGCAUUUCUGAGGACAGCACUGCCCAGGAGAAGGACUGA